UGUGUGUGCUUGCGUGCGCAGAGAGUGGGACAGAAAAUGAGGGUAUCUAGGUUAGCUCAGUAGCCUGAUCAUGAUCAAACAGUGCCUUUAACUGUCAGUGAAUCUGAACCCAGCAUCCCUUCAUGUAGCAUAACGAGUUGGAUGGUUAAGUGGAGGAAGAAGAGUAGCGUAGUGAAUUAGGACUGUAAGUGUGUGCGUGUGUGUGACAGUUGCUCAGUACCAAUUCCUCCAAAUUAUUACUGCACCCAGAACUGUCAUCCUUUAGAUGUUUGCUCUGUAUUUGCCUUCAGGCGAGACUCGUCCUUUUUUUUUUUUUUUUUAGUUUCUCUUUACGUCACUGUACUCGUAAUUGGUCGCCUUAGAUGCUUUACCUCCCUGUGUGUGUUGAACCGUCCCUGUGCGGUUCGAGCUCUUGAACAGACGCCCCGUCGCCCGCUUGGAUGGCAAUGCGCAUGUGCGCUGCUGACUGGCAGUAAUCCGCUGGACAGCUAGAGAUCGCAUCUGUGCGCGCUGCCCUUAUCGUCAAGCGAGUGUAAACCCUAGAGAAGAGAAUAAACAUGAAUAUAAUACAAUGAAAACAACCUCCCAAGCAAAGACCAACGUCGAGGCCGCACACACACACAUACACUGUCGCGCACACAGGACUGUGUUGGAGUGAUGCACUGUGGGUAGUGGUGUGUGUGUUUGUGUGUGUGUGUGUGUGUGUGUGCGUGCGUGCGUGUUGUGUGUGUGGACGUCUUUUAACCGGAGCCUUCGGGCUGCAGCAUCUUGGACAGGGGCAUAAUGGAAAGAAAACGCCAGUUCGGGACCGGUGGAAAACAAUCGAUCCGCGAGCUCACCCAAUCUUGACGGACUCGUUCACAUCUGGACGUUUUUGAACGCAUCGUAGGUUCUCAUGCGGGACGACUUUGCCCUCCAAAAAAUAUCCUGAACGGUGAGCUCGAGUCAGAAAUCAAAGAGACUGCUGAACUGGGGGACGCUUUUUUAUUUAAAUGAAUCCGUUUCGAAAACGCUUCCUACCAUUCAAGCCUUUUAUCAGUGAAACCCAGUGCUAUGGCUUAUUUUUUUAAACACUGAGAUUAAAGUAGACCAUCAAAGGCCUUACACUGUUCUAAAACUACAACGAGAUUUUUGUGUCGGUUGGGACGAAGAAUAUUUUGGUGCUUCUGCCUGCACGCUGCACUGUUUUCUAUUUGGAUGGUACUGUCACCCAAAAUGAUCAGUUGACCUGUUCGCCUUUAUGCAGCCCAUAUUCGCUUCAAUGGAAUACAAAAAAACAACCGAAGUAUUUAAAAUUCAUGUAGAUGUACUGUCGCGAUCAGAAAUCUGUAUCGUUUGUCUAGUUUGCACUACAGACCAUUAACCGGCGCGAUAUCUCGCUCAUGCGUAUUUCAGUUUAGCGGUUGGCUAAUAAAAGUCGAAUUGAAGCGGAACCUCCGGUUGGUUCCGUGGAGGCAGCUCUUCCUUAAAGUAAGCAGGGAGUGCGGGGGGAAAGGAAGGGGCUAUCCGUAGGUCUGAGGUGGCAAACUGAUGUAAAAUAACUUGCUGUUUGGAGGAGAAUCCGCAGUUUAGCCUACGCAUCCUCCAUUGACCUAGUCUGGAUUUGACAAGCGAGACGGGACGCCGAUUUCUUUUCGCUUUGAACUGCCCUCUCCGUGUCGAGAAAGUGUCUUCAAGCGAGAGCCCUUGUUAUUCGAAUCCCCUCCACUUCAACUACAGUUUUUGUGUUUACCAUCUCAGCCAGAUUGCUGUUUGAAAGGAACAAAUAGCCGGAGUUUUUUUUUGCAUGUAUUGACGUGUUUUAACUUGCGACACAUGCAAGCGGUGGAACAGACAUUCCGUUAAAAGGCUGAAACCAUAUCCGCUAAGGAGUGGGCUUUGGACGGUCAGCGCGUGAUAGUCAGUAAUCCCCGCAGCAGCUGGAGAAAGAUGAGCCUGGGUCAUACUGACAGCGCCGAAGAGUUUUCGUUGAAGUGGUAAGACGGAGCUCUCUAUCUGAGUGUAGCGCAGGCAUUUUUUACCCAGUGCUUGUGACUGAAUGGAUUGUGCUCCUCUUGUCAUAAAAGGUGUAUGGCCAGAGAAACAUGCCCGGUAAUGUGUUGAACCAAAGAGCCUUUGUCGACAUCCUUAGGCUCACCUGGAUGACCCCGUACUUUGCAAAUUCUGUACUUUCCACUCUAUGGUCAUGACCUGAAACAGUUAUGUUUUUCUCACGGAGUUUACAACUGUGAUGCUUGUCAUUGGUCCUAGACUAUUGGUUACCAGUAUUAAACAGUACUGGUAUUGGAAAGCCCUAAUUAAAGACUUACCACUUUUUUUCUGUAACAUUCUGAAUGUUCUCAAUCAACUGAUUCUGGAUUGCUCUGACAAGAUACACAUUUGGGAGGCCGAAGGAUUUUGGACUGUCAGCCUGAUGCUGCUUGGCCUCAUGACCUCCACUGUCGCUGAGAUUCUUUGAGUGACUCAGAUCCGUCCACUAGGUCAUGGAGUGGAGCUUUGGGAUGAUCGAGAACACGUGACUUUCUGUGGCUCCUGUGCUGGUGUAUGACCGUGAGAGGAACUGGGGGAGAGAGAGAGAGAGAGAGAGAGAGAGAGAGUGUGUGUGCACUUGGGACUUAGCAUCCCCUCACCCCCCAGGGGAGGAAGAGUAAAAAGGUCGGCUAACAUUUGCCCAGUGACAGGGGUAAACACGCCGUACAGAGCUGCCCACAGUUGUGCGAUGGGGAGUUCAGCCUCUUCGCUGACAGCAGAGACUGAGUCGGAACAUGGGUUCCGUCCGGCGCCGUAUCCUGUCACACCAACUGUAGGCUGGCUGAGGAACAGCCAUAGUAGUCCAGUGUGGGGGAGCACCUUUAUCACGCGGCAGCAACAGAACCCGCCUAUACCGCACAGAGAGCGCAGUCACUCUCACUCGCCGGGCUCCAUGGCGGCGGUGGUGCGUGGCAGCGGCGGUGAGUGGUCGUGCGGCCGCUGCACCUUCCUGAACGCCGGCGGAUCGCCACGCUGCUCCAUCUGCGAGGCGCCGCGGCAGAAGCCCGACCUCAACCACAUCCUGCGGCUGAGCGCCGAGGAGCCGCGCUGGGUCUGCGGCCGCUGCACGCUCACCAACCCGCACGCCGCCGGCUCCUGCUCCGUGUGCGGGGCCGCCCCCAACGGGCCCCAGCUGGCCCUGCCCCAGGCCCCGCCCAAAGCAGCCGUCGCCACCGCCGCAGCUCCGCCCCAGGACUCGCCGGCCACACCCAGCCCCGGGGAGCCCCCGGCGGGGUUGGUGGAGGAGCCGGUCAGGCGGAUGGAGGUGAUCUCCAACGGGGACGUGGGGGAGGUGAGCGGGGGCUGGGCGUGCCCGCGGUGCACGCUGCACAACACGCCGGUGGCCAUGUCGUGCUCGGCCUGUGGCGGCCCCCGCAAGCUGUCGCUGCCCAAGAUCCCCCCGGAGGCGCUGGUGGUGCCCGAGGUGCGCACGCCGGUGCUGGGCUUCCCCGCCGGCCAGACCCCGCCCCUCAUCGACCUCACGGAGGACACGCCCCUCCCGGCCACGCCUGAGCCGGUGGUGACGCCCCUCUCCUCCUCGGCCCCGCCCACGUCUCUCCAGAACAACCCCGUCCCGCGCAGCAGAAGGGAGGUCCCGCCCCCCAGCAGACAGUCCAACGCAGAUGCCAAACACACACACGCACACACGCCCACUGCUACCGCCGAGCCCUUACUCGGCAAGCGCCUGAGCGUGCUGGAAGAGGAGGACGCGCACCCGCACGCGCACCCUCACGCGUACACACACAACCCCGGCCCAGUCACCUCGCCGCCCUCCUGGAAGUGCCCCGGCUGCUCGGGAUUGGCCGGCGGCCGCUGCGAGGCCUGUCGCUCGACCAUACGCUCCACCUCUUCCUCUGCGACGACCUCGUCCUCGUCGUCCUCGUCCUCCUCUUCCUCGUCGUCGUCGGCCCCGGGGGACGUGAUCGACCUGGUGGGGGAGUCUGUGCGCUUCACGCCGGCGUCCCCCUCCAGCCCUGACUUCAGCUCGUGGGCCUGCUCCAAGUGCACGCUGCGCAACCCCACCUCUGCCCCCCACUGCUCGGCCUGUGGCUCCUCCAAGCUGCACGGCUUCUCCGACGCCACCACCGCCACCGCCAUUGCCCCGCGCCUCCAGCCCUCCUCCCACUCGGCCCGCUGCUGCCCCCACUGCGGCCUCCCCGGCGCCUGUGGCUGCAAGCCGUCCUCGGUCCCGCCUGUCGCUGCCCCGCGCAAGACCGCCCGCGUGUACCCUUCCCUCGCCGUGACCUCCUCCUCGUCGUCCUCGUCGUCAUCCGCUCCUGCCGCCGGCCCCUCGUUGGCGAUAGUGGCGGUGGUGGGGGGCCAGUGGGCGUGCCCGGCGUGCACGCUCCUGAACGAGGGCCGUGCCAAGCACUGCGCCGCCUGCCACACGCCGCAGCAGUACCUGACGCUGCGCAAGCUGGGCAAGCCGCUGAAGCGCCGGGAGAGUGUGCACGUGGAGGCCCGCCGACGGACCGACGAGGGAGAGGCCAAGGAGCUGUGGGAGAACAUCGUCAGCUUCUGCAGAGAGCGCUCCUGUGUCGUCAAGCCCCCCACCCUCUCGAUGAGCCCAGUGUCCUCUGACUGGUCAGAGCGGCAAAGCAAAGUACUGCUUGAAAACCAGAAUGCGGUUAACUUUGUGGAUGACAGUUUCCCACCGGGUCCGCGCUCAGUAGGCUUUCCUGAGAGUGACAGCGUCCAGCAGCGAAUCAAGAAGUGGCUCCGCCCACACGAGAUCAACUGCAACAACUUCAAAGAGCGUGGUGUCAAGUGGAGUGUGUUCCGGACGCCCCGCCCCUCGGACAUACUGCAAGGACUCCUGGGAAACUGCUGGUUCCUGAGUGCGUUAGCGGUGCUGGCGGAGCGUCCGGAGCUGGUGGAGAGGGUGAUGAUCACCAGGACCAUCUGCACCGAGGGGGCCUACCAGGUGCGCCUGUGCAAGGACGGCACCUGGACCACCGUGCUGGUGGAUGACAUGCUGCCCUGCGACGAGUAUGGCUAUCUGCUCUUCUCACAGGCCCAGCGGAGGCAGCUGUGGGUGGCUCUGAUCGAGAAGGCUCUGGCCAAGCUGCACGGCUCCUACUUCGCGCUGCAGGCGGGCCGGGCCAUCGAGGGGCUGGCCACCCUCACCGGCGCCCCCUGUGAGUCACUCAUGCUGCAGGUCAGCUCCACCAACCCCCGCGAGGAGCCCAUCGACACAGACCUCAUCUGGGCCAAGAUGCUCAGCUCCAAAGAGGCUGGGUUCCUGAUGGGGGCUUCCUGUGGGGGCGGGAACAUGAAAGUGGACGAUGUCGUGUACGAGUCGUUGGGGCUCCGCCCCCGUCACGCUUACUCCAUACUGGACGUCCGAGACGUGCAGGGCUACAGGCUGCUGCGACUCAGGAACCCCUGGGGUCGGUUCUCGUGGAACGGCAGCUGGUCGGACGAGUGGACCGAGUGGCCGCAGCACCUGCGUCACGAGCUGAUGGCCCACGGCAGCAGCGAGGGCGUCUUCUGGAUGGAAUACGGAGACUUCAUCAAGUACUUUGACUCGGUGGACAUCUGUAAGAUCCACUCCGACUGGCACGAGGUGCGCCUGCAGGGCUGCUUCCCCAGCAGGGCCAGUGGGCCGAUCACCGUCACCUCCCUCACCGUGCUGGAGAGGACCGCCCUGGAGUUCGCCCUGUUUCAGGAGGGCAGCAGGCGGUCAGACACAGCGGACAGCCACCUGUUGGAUCUGUGCAUCAUGGUGUUCCGGGCGUCCUUUGGCACGGGGAACAAGCUGACUCUGGGCCGGCUGCUGGCCCACAGCAAGCGCGCUGUGAAGAAGUUUGUGGGCUGCGACGUCAUGCUGGAGCCCGGCGAGUACGCGGUGGUCUGCUGUGCCUUCAACCACUGGCAGAUGAACCUGGACAGCCCCUCCACGCCAGUGUCCAGUCCCACCAGUGCUCGGCGGCCCAGUCAAGACUUCCCGGGCUUCAUCCUGGCCAUCUACAGCUCACGGCAGGUGAUGGUGGAGCAGGUGGAGGCCACCUCAACCACGCUCGCCGACGCCAUCAUCCUGCUCACCGAGAACAAGGGGGAGAGACACGAGGGCCGGGAGGGGAUGACGUGUUACUACCUAACCCACGGCUGGGCGGGGCUCAUCGUGGUGGUGGAGAACCGCCACCCUAAAUACUACCUCCAUGUGUCCUGUGACUGCACCGACAGCUUCAACGUGGUGUCCACACGCGGCAGCCUCAAGACCAUAGACAGCGUCCCACCACUGCACAGACAGGUGCUGGUAGUUCUGUCUCAGCUGGAGGGCAACGCUGGCUUCUCCAUCACACACCGACUGGCCCACAGGAAAGCAGCCCAGGCCUCUCUGGGAGACUGGACCCCUAGCAAGGCUACACACUCACCCCAGCUCACCUCAGACACCGAUGGACUUCACCGGCCUCGGCCGCUCUGACACACACACACACACACACACACACACACACACACUACCAGACUCGCAUACACACAGGCAUCCAAAAAGCAUAUGCACCCCCCCCCCACACACACACACACACACACACACACACAAACAGACAAACACACAUGGCUGGUGUUGGUUGGCACUGACUCCUCAUUUUCAGCACGAACAUCAUGACAAACGCACAACUGUGCCAUGAAACGCAUUACCACUGAUCUCACACACACACACCACACACACACACACACACACACACACAGAGAUGAGGCGUUAAGGUCUGGUUGAGUGUGCUAUAACUACUGAGCCAACUACAUCUGAUCUUUUCAGCCAUGGCCACUCCUCUCUCUCUCACACACUCACACAAGGCAUAAGCCUUUUUUAUGGUACUAUGUUAAGCCAAACUUGCUUACAGAUCUCAUAAACCAUCACAUAUUUUAUACUUAUGUACCAUAUUAUUACGCAGUCGUAUGUAGUCCAUAUUCAUGUGUUUACUUUAGAGUGAAUGAGUGUAUGUUUGAUUGAGUGAGUGAGGGUAUGGCCAUAGAAAUGCCUGUCAGAAAAGGGUUUGGGAUCUGAUCUACACUGGGAGAGAUGGUUGGAUGUGGGAGAUGAUGGUGAAAAAAAACUUGAAUACAAUUUUUGGGUUGUUUUAUUUGUUUAUUGUUUCCAGGACAACAGGGUAAUAUUUUUACAUUUAUAGUUUUUGUUCCAUCAUGAUUCUUUUUUUUAUUUUUUUUUAAUCAAAUACUUGAUUUGCUGUUGGAUGUGUUGUGGGGAGGCAGACAAUAAAGAGUGUGUGUGUGUGUGUGUGUGUGUGUGUGUGUGUGUGUGAGAGUGUGUGUGAGAGAGAGAGGACAUGGAUUGAGAGGGGAGAAGGAGAACUAGAUGGUUCACUAUCUGUGUGUAGAGCUGACCUAUUUGUUAAUUUAUUAAUGUGAAAAAUAUGUGUAAAUGUGUUGAGAAAAGCACAAGAGAAUCUGCUCUCCUACGUCUGGAGACAUUUAUAUGUUUGUGCACGCGCAAAUGCACGUCAAAUAAGGAGUGUGUGUGUGUGUGUGUGUGUGUGCAUGUGUUUGUGAGUUUGUUGAAAGAGUGUUAGACGAGUGGGUGGAUGACUGAUGCUGAUGCACUGAAAUCUCCUUCUCUGACGCCAGAUCCAGCGCUGUUGUACUAUCGUGUGCACUCGUUUAAUCUGGUGUCAGUUUCUCUCUCUGUCUCUGUCUGUCUCUCUCUCUCUGUUUGUCUGUCCUCUCUCUCUCUCUCUCUCUGUCUCUGUCUAUCUCUGUCUCUCUCUCUCUGUGUCUGUCCUCUCCUCUCUUGUCUCUCCCCAUCUGUCUCAUUCUUUCCUUUAGUUUUUUUCCCUCUCUGCAUUGUCCUGUGGAUCAUCUCUUAGUUGAAGCGUCAUUGUGACUCGUAAGGCAACGAUUUCUCCUGGUGGUGUGCAGAAGUUAUACUUCACCUGGGUCCACACACACACACACACACACACACACCCCACAGUCACAUUGUGAUGACUUUGUAAAUUGUACAGACUCAAUGCUAAUACCACCUUAAAAGUCAGUGGUUUAACCUGUAUAAAGAAAACCAACCAAUCAAAUCAAGUGAUUGCUGGAGGAACAUGGACCUCCGCUGGAUGGGAAUGUGAUGUAUAGAAUAUUUUACUGAUUUUGGAGACAAAAAUACUAUAUGAAUAUGUAUAAAUAUCUGUAUGUUAAAUUUGCAAUCUCAGGUUCCAUUGGACCAAAUAAAGUUUUUUAAUGAA